CUCAAUCCCAGGCCUAGUUGUCUACGCUUGUCUCCAGGGCUACCAGCUAGCCAGCGGCAACAGCUCGCUGACCUGCUUGUCCAAUGGAACCUGGAGUGGACAAGCGCCUUUAUGUGAAUGUAAGUAACCUUGGAACCUGGAGUAGGCCAUCGCCGAUAUGGAAAUGUGAUUGACAUACACCAUUACAGUAUCUACAAGAAGUGGGAGAAGGUAACAGAGGAGAAAGUAAAUAAAGAAAGUACCGUUGCUAAAUAAAAUGAGUAAAACAGAGUAGGGUUAAACCUGAAAAAAUAAACGCAACAAAACAACGAACGUGUCGGCAGAAAGCCUUCGUCAGCGAACAAAACAACAGAAAAAAGGGUUAUAAAAAUAAAAAUAAGAAAUAGCACUUAGCUGGUAAGUAGUAUCUGUGGGCAGCACUAGAAGUGCCACUUAAACGUAACGUAAACGAACGUAAAUAAAGAAAGUACCGUUGAUAAAGUAGCUGAAGUGAAAGUAAAUAAAGAAAGUACCGUUGAUGAAGUAGCUGAAGUGAAAGUAAAUAAAGAAAGUACCGUUGAUGAAGUAGCUGAAGUGAAAGUAAAUAAAGAAAGUACCGUUGAUGAAGUAGCUGAAGUGAAAGUAAAUAAAGAAAGUACCGUUGAUAAAGUAGCUGAAGUGAAAGUAAAUAAAGAAAGUACCGUUGAUGAAGUAGCUGAAGUGAAAGUAAAUAAAGAAAGUACCGUUGAUGAAGUAGCUGAAGUGAAAGUAAAUAAAGAAAGUACCGUUGAUGAAGUAGCUGAAGUGAAAGUAAGAGUGCGAAAUUAAAGGUAAGAAAUAAGGGUGCGGAAAUAAACGGUGGAAAAGUGAAUCAACUUUUGACAAUGUUUGACAUAUGUCGUCACACCUGACUGAACUGUGUCUUCAUACCUGAUUGACCUUUUGUCGCCACACCCGAAUGAACUUUUCUCGCCAUACAUGAUUGACAUAUGUCAUCACACCCGAUUGACCUGUGUCUUCAUACCUGUUUGACAUACAUCGUCACAGAGGAUUGACCUAAAUGGUGAAAUUUGAUUGACCUGUGGCAUAAGGUUGACCUAUAUAGCAUCAGACUGACUGAUGAGAAGUAAACUGAAAUGUUUAAACGGCCCACCAGGAUUGUCAACAGUGGGCAGAAAAUCAAAUUGAGAAAUUCACAUGAAUGUUUUACUUUAAAAUACGGACCCAAUCACAUGGACAAACAUAUGUGCUAAGAUCAUUAUAACAACCCUUUGUAUGAACAUAAAUUAACUUAAUAAAAAAUUAUCCAAUAGAUCAUUUGUUACACAAUGCAAUGCACAUUCUAAUCGACAAUUUAACAACACAUUCCAAAAAUAUCAAAUAAAACACAUAGUCGUGUAUUCCAACAGCUCAUUUUAUAGUAAAACAUAUUGCAACGGCACAUUCUAUAAUACAACAUAUUCCAAAUGCUCAAGCUAACAUACGGCAUAUUUCGAACAGAUCAUUCUAUAAUAUUCCAUAUUCCAACAGCUCAUUCUUUAAAACACCAUAUUCCAUGCAAUAAUACAACUCAGUCCAAUAAAUCAGCGUUCCCCAAACGGUGGUCCGUGGACCGGCACCGGUCCGCAAGCCUUACGUCACCGGUCCAGAGAGCUUGAAUAUUGAUGUUUAAAUAGAAAGAAAAUGUCAUGAAUAAAUGGCACCGGUACCUGGUGCAGUUUUGAAACGUGUCCACCGGUCCGUGAAACUUGUCCACCGGUCCGUGAAACUUGUCCAUCGGUCCGUGAAACUUGUCCACCGGUCCGUGAAACUUGUCCACCGGUCCGUGAAACUUGUCCACCGGUCCGUGAAACUUGUCCACCGGUCCGUGAAACUUGUCCACCGGUCCGUGAAACUUGUCCACCGGUCCGUGAAACUUGUCCACCGGUCCGUGAAACUUGUCCACCGGUCCGUGAAACUUGUCCACCGGUCCGUGAAACUUACAAGUUUGGGAAACGCUGCAAUAAAUCAUAAUGAAACACAAAAUAGGGUUGGAUAUCGACCCAAUUCAUAUCUCAGAAUGUGGCAAUGACAACGGAAAUGGCAUGCGUACAAUUAUUAUAAUUGACAUUCUAUGUCAGUGAUCAAUGAUGUCAACAAGUUGAUGUACUAAACAGGGUGAUGCUGACAUCUGCUGUUCUUGAUUUAUGACAGCCAAUUGUUUAUUGGCGGCUGACAUCAGUUUCCGGUUUCUCGGAGAUCAAUGUGUUUAGAACACAUCAAUCGACAUUUGUGUCUGAAUUUUAUUACAUUUCAACGUAGUUUUUAUUAGUUGUUGUUUUUUAAACUCAUGUAAAUCAAUUUUAAUGGGGGUAAUAUAUUCAAAGUUUGAACAUUUUCUAUUUUAUUUCUUUAGCUGGAAAUCGUGCUGGGGUAUGGGGCAAUGUCGGGAAGCAAGUAAUAUUUACCUAAGAAACAAUAAUUCAAUGAGAUAAAUGCCAAUAGAUGACUUGGAUGUAAUCGUAUUUCUAAUUCCAACUCUGUUACUUAAUUUAUGUUGGUCUUUUGUUUCCCAGCAUUCCAAGACCCAUUCUAUGUGUGUUAAGCGAACAAUGCACAUGGGAAGGUUGGAGAUGAUGACAAUUGUGCAGAAAAUAUUUGGACAAUAUGACAUAAUUGGACAAUAAGACAUAAUUGGACAAUAUGACAUAAUUGGACAAUAUGACAUAAUUAUACAAGAUGACAAUUGUACAUGACAUAAUUAAACAAUAUGACAAUUGUACAUGACAUAAUUGGACAAGAUGGCCUAAUUGGACAAUAUGACAAUUGUACAUGACAAAAUUGGACAAGAUGACAUAAUUGGAAAAUAUGCCAAUUGUACAUGACAUAAUUGGACACGAUGACAUAAUUGGACAAUAUGACAUAGUACAUGACAUAAUUGGACAAGACGACAUAAUUGGACAAGAUGACAAUUGUACAUUACAUAAUUGGACAAGAUGACAAUUUUGAAUGACAUAAUUCAACAAUAUGACAAUUGUACAUGACAUAAUUGGACAAGAUGACAAUUGUGCUAACAUAAUUGGACAAGAUGACAAUUGUGCAUAACAUAAUUGGGCAAGAUGACAAUUGUGCAUAACAUGAUGGGAAAAAAGACAAUUGGAAAAGUGAAAAAUGUGUAUGAGGCAAUUGGAUAUGUGACAAAUGGGCAUGAGACGAUUGGAUAUGUGACAAAUGGGCAUGGGAUUAUUAGAUUUGUGACAUAUUGCCUGCCAUAGGAUAAUUAGAUAUGUUACAAAGGUGCAUGGGAAAUUGGACAUGUGACAGAUGGGAACGUGAGCUACUAUACUACUCUAUGUACCUAAUCUAUGUUCCUCCCCCAGUAACCUGUGGGCAGCCACCGCUGGUAAGUGGAGCUACAGUGAGCAGCUAUGUCAAGAGCAAUGGAGUAAGGUUUGCCUUAUAUCAAUGUCAGGCUCCACUUGUCUCCACCGGCUCCCAGUAUAUUAUGAUGCCUUGUCAGGAGGACAUAGGCUACUGGAUGACCCCUUCGCCAUUUUGUUUUAGUAAGUUGUUUGUUUUUCUAGUUGGAUAAUUUAGUAAGUAUAUGGAUGUAUUAGUAAGUUUAUGGAUGUAUUAGUAAGUAUAUGGAUGUAUUAGUAAGUUUAUGGAUGUAUUAGUAAGUAUAUGGAUGUAUUAGUAAAUAGUUGGAUGUAUUAGUAAGUUUAUUGAUGUAUUAGUAAGUAGAUGGUUGAAUUUGUAAGUAGAUGGAUGUAUUGUUAAGUAGAUGGAUGUAUUAGUAAGAACUAGGCUCUAUUAAUAAGGUUAUGGAUGUAAUAGUAAGUUCUAGGAUUCUAGAAUGUAUUAACUUAACUGCUACCAAGAACUAAAGACCUGUAGAUCAUAUCCUCAUAGUUUGAGCCACUAUUGGAUAGAACCACUAAUAGGUAGAACCACUAAUGGGUAGAACCACUAAUAGGUAGAACCACUAAUAGGUAGAACCACUAAUAGGUAGAACCACUAAUAGGUAGAACCACUAAUAGGUAGAACCACUAAUAGGUAGAACCACUAAUAGGUAGAACCACUAAUGGUAGAACCACUAAUAGGUAGAACCACUAAUAGGUAGAACCACUAAUAGGUAGAACCACUAAUAGGUAGAACCACUAAUAGGUAGAACCACUAAUAGGUAGAACCACUAAUAGGUAGAACCACUAAUGGGUAGAACCACUAAUGGGUAGAACCACUAAUGGGUAGAGCCACUAAUGGGUAGAGCCACGAUGCUGCCUCAACUUCUUCCAGGAGCGUAACACCCAUCUUGUCUUAAUCCAUUUCUGGAUUAGAUUAAACUCACAUUACUGCCUUCAUUUCAGAUCCCAUCGGCCCGACCGUGGACAUCUUCCACCCAUCUACCAUCACAGACGUGGCGACGAUCCCAGUCAACUCGACAUCUCCACCACUAGUGCUGGGCACGGGUCAGGCCAGACUGCUGGAGCUAAACCAAUCGUGCCUCCAGGUCGGUGUAUCGGGAGACAUGAAGGAAGCCAUUCUGGAGUUCCCCUUCAGAAACGACACAAAACCAAUGGAAAUAAUUUCAGUAGUAUUCAGACUUGAAAGUAUCGAUACCUGUAAGUACUUGUGGCCGUGUAAGUACUCGUAACCGCCCUUCCUCUAGUGAUAUCACUGUUACCUUCAGUAAAUAUCAGGAGGAGUUAACUGCUAAUUAUUUCUCACACCUGUAAUAACACGAAGUCCAAGAAUGCACAUAUUACUUAUUCAUUUAUCUAUACCGCCAGACAAAAUAAGGUUCACAUCUGGUGAAUAAUGGAAUGGUGAUUGCAUACAGUUUUGGCCUUUUAUAUGAUUUUCUUUUUUGAAGAUGACAUGAAACCUAAUUAUCACAAAACCUUCUUCCUUCUAGACCAGCGGUUCUCAACCUGUGUGUCGUGACCCCUUUGGGGUUUGAACGACCCUUACACAUGGGUCGUCUAAGACCAUCGGAAAAACACAAAUUUAUGAAGUAGCAACGAAAAUAAUUGUAUGGUUGGGAGGACACCACAGCAUGAGAAACUGUACUAAAGGGUCGCGGCAUUAGGAAGGUUGAGAACCACUGUUCUAGACAAUAUGGCUGCUCAUAUAAGUUCCUUACUCUCCAUAUUUACAUCUAUGUAUCACUACUCGGACACGAAAUAGAGCUUUUCAAUCAGCUGCCAGUUAACAUCGAAUAGCAUUGUGUUGCAUUACUCAUGACACUUGAGUUGAGAAACCAAAAAAACGCCGCUGAACCAUCGACUGCUGUAAAGUUUGACCAUCGACUGCUGUAAAGUUUGACCAUCGACUGCUGUAAAGUUUGACCAUCGACUGCUGUAAAGUUUGACCAUCGACUGCUGUAAAGUUUGACCAUCGACUGCUGUAACGUUUGACCAUCGACUGCUGUAACGUUUGACCAUCGACUGCUGUAAAGUUUGACCAUCGACUGCUGUAACGUUUGACCAUCGACUGCUGUAAAGUUUGACCAUCGACUGCUGUAACGUUUGACCAUCGACUGCUGUAAAGUUUGACCAUCGACUGCUGUAAAGUUUGGAAACAUGCUUAGUGUUGAAAAAUGAAACAUUUCUACAUUGUAUUCUGAAUAGUUUUGUGUGUACAUAUUCUAGGAAGUAUCGAUACUUACAGAUGAUUAUUUAAUAGCCUGUAACACAUUUCUACAUUGUAUUCUGAAUAGUUUUGUUUGUUCAUAUUCUAGGAAGUAUCGAUACUUACAGAUGAUUAUUUAAUAGCCUGUAACACAUUUCUACAUUGUAUUCUGAAUAGUUUUGUUUGUUCAUAUUCUAGGAAGUAUCGAUACUUACAGAUGAUCAUUUAAUAGCCUGUAACACCAGCGUUAUUUCAAAUGGAUGUUUCUAGCCCAUUACGUCAUCAGCUUUGAUUCUAUUCAUCCUGUAUUUUUGUACUUAUCUAAGCACAAACAAAAUGUGUCAGUAUUGGACGCCGUCAGUAUAGCUUCACACUAGGAUCUUCCAAUGAGUGCACCACAUUGUAUUUGACAAGAUCUCGUAAGUAAGGACGUACAUUUUGUGUUUUUUCGUAGCGUCAGAGUGCGUCCUGGCAAGUCCGAGCCCGGUACAGUAUGGUACGAGUUAUGUCGGUACAAUCAAUGUCACGACGUCAGGGCUGACAUGUCAACCCUGGGCGGACACGACGCCACACCACCACACCUACAACGACCUCAGCACCACAGACUUUCCGGACGCGAACUUCUCCAGCGUCCGGAACUAUUGCCGGAAUCCGAAGAAAGGGGGCUCGUAUCGGGACAGGCCUUGGUGCUUUACAACGAGCCUUUCAACAGUCUGGGAGUUCUGCAACAUCACAGUUUGCCGUAAGUUCACUCUAGAAACAUCACAAUUCACUCCGCCAUCUAUGGCUUUACUCAGGCACUUGUAAGUGUUAGCACACCUGGCAACUUUAUGCCAUUGACAAAAUUUUAAAAAAAAAACUAAUUUUAAUAAGUGUACCCGGUCCCGACACCAAGCAUUUGCGACACUCACCCAGACUUGGACGCUUGGACUUAGACCAGGUCUCCAAGUCGAGAAUAGCCUAUCUCUGUCCGAGUUAUCGUGACGCCCAAAUGGUCAUCUUUCUGGUACGGUUUCGAAUUCAAAUGAUCAAUAAAUAGCAUAUGUCAGGUCACUGGGUGCAUUCGUAAGAUGUUCAGAAGAUCUUACUGAUUAUACAUCUCUUAAUAUUCUUAAAGGAUACAAGAAAAUAUAUAAAAUUAUUAUAUGCCUUUAAAUUUUAUAAGUCGGAAUAAUUGGAAAAGAGAGGGGAAAUAUAUUUCCUGGGGUUGAAUGAAUCCUUGGAAGUGGUUGAAUGACUCCUUGGAAGUGGUUGAGUGAAUCCUUGGAAGGGGUUGAGUGAAUCCUUGGAAGGAGUUGAGGGAAUCCUUGGAAGUGGUUGAGUGAAUCCUUGGAAGGGGUUGAGUGAAUCCUUGGAAGGAGUUGAGGGAAUCCUUGGAAGUGGUUGAGUGAAUCCUUGGAAGUGGUUGAGUGAAUCCUUGGAAGGGGCUGAUUGAAUCCUUGGAAGUGGUUGAGUGAAUCAUUGGAAGGGGCUGAUUGAAUCCUUGGAAGUGGUUGAGUGAAUCCUUGGAAGGGGCUGAUUGAAUCCUUGGAAGUGGUUGAGUGAAUCAUUGGAAGGGGCUGAUUGAAUCCUUGGAAGUGGUUGAGUGAAUCCUUGGAAGGGGCUGAUUGAAUCCUUGGAAAUGGUUGAGUGAAUCCUUGGAAGGGGUUGAGGGAAUCCUUGAAAGGGGUUGAGUGAAUCCAUGAAAGUGUUGGGUUAAUCAGUUGAAGGGUUGAGUGAAUCUAUCGCAGGUUUGAGUGAUUCCAUGGAAAUGUUGAGUGAAUCCAUGGAAGGGUAAAGUGAAUCCACAAAAAGGUUUGAGUGAAUCCAUGGAAGGGUAAAGUGAAUCCACAAAAAGGUUUGAGUGAAUCCAUGGAAGGGUAAAGUGAAUCCACAAAAAGGUUUGAGUGAAUCCAUGGAAGGGUAAAGUGAAUCCACAAAAAUGUUUGAGUGAAUGCAUAGAAGUGUCCAGUAAAGCCAAACAUAUCCUCCUUGAAAUCUCCAAAGCUGAUUUCUACGUCAACGUGAACGUCACCGAUCAGACAUCAGGAACCAGCCAGACAUGUGGUCAGACGAAGUUCUUCACGUCUUCUGCCGACACCAACAUUACAAUGAAAUGUCCAUCCUCACAGUGAGUUUCAAUUGUACAAAAUCCUUCAAUCAAUGAAUAUUAUUGGAAUUAUUACAAACUCAUUUCAUUUUUCUUUGUCUUCAACAAGAAUUCCACACCAAGAAAAUUCAAUCAAAAGAACUGUUCCAGUACUGUAAGACUUUCUAACAUUUGGCGCCCAAUGUAAAAUAUUGCGUUGUAACUAUAACAUCUCCCUAGGAAUACCCUCUUGAUUAAACUAUGUAAGACAUGCUUGUUAUUUCCUUGUCAAAGUGCAACAUGACGUCACACUUUGUUCUAUUUAUUUAGUCACAAAUGUGAAGAAUACUAGAUUUGUUUCGCUAAAAAAAAAAGCUUUAUGGAAAUUCUUCGUUUUUACGGACAUUCUACAGUUUACUGUGUUAACAUACAACAUACAAUUCAAUGUUAUGUCCAAUAUUUACGUACUUUCCGUAAAUGGCGCCUUGAGCUGACGCUCAGACGUGUGUAACUGAAUGCUAAGGAAUGAGAUGUUGUUGCAUGGCAGUGACAUUUGAAAUGCCAUGACUUGGUCUUGUCAUAAGCGGCGCCGUUCUGACUACAUUUAUAUUUUGGGGAGGGCUCAGUGACGGGUGUUCACCCCGGGCGACAUUUAUUCUAGUUACGCCUCUGGUCCCACCUGUGACAGACGCUUGGGUCACCUGUGAUUGAGCCACGGGUGAUUGAGUAACCUGUGAUUGAUUCACCAACGAGAUGCUAUAAAAAAAAUUCUCUAUUUCAGAACAGGAGUGCACGGGACACACUUGAGGAUGUCUGUCAGCUCAUCCAGGGCCAGGAAUCUGUUUGUGUGUGGGAUAACGUAUACUGGGACAGAAUAUGAAGGUAAGGGGUCUCACGUGGAACAGAAUAUGAAGGUAAGGGGUCCCACAUGGACAGAAUGUGAAGGUAAGUGGUCUCACAUGGAACAGAAUAUGAAGGUAAGGGGUCCCACGUAGAACAGAAUAUGAAGGUAAGGGGUCCCAAAUGGAACAGAAUAUGAAGGUAAGUGGUCUCACAUGGAACAGAAUAUGAAGGUAAGGGGUCCCACAUGGAACAGAAUGUGAAAGUAAGUGGUCUGACCUUGUGGGCCAGAUGAUGAAAGUAAGUCGUAACACCUUAUGGGCCAGAUGAUAAAAGUAAGUGGUCCCACCUUGUGGGCCAGAUGAUGAAAGUAAGUCGUACCACCUUAUGGGCCAGAUGAUGAAAGUAAGUCGUACCACCUUAUGGGCCAGAUGAUAAAAGUAAGUGGUCCCACUUUGUGGGCCAGAUUAUGAAGGUAAGUGGCCCCACCUUUUUGGCCAGAUGAUGAAAGUAAGUGGCCCCACCUUUUUGGCCAGAUGAUGAAAGUAAGUGGCCCCACCUUUUGGGCCAGAUGAUGAAGCAAUACAUUAAAUCACUAACUUAAGUGACUGUCCGACAGAUGGUUGCGGGGAGCCUCAUCACGAGAGAGGCUGGAAUCUGACCAUGCUCACAGGCUACAAGACUGGAGGCGAGGCUCUGUUUGUCUGUGCUCGUGGCUACCACUACAUCCAGGGAGACGGGUCUAUCGUCUGUUUGGCCACACGGCAGUGGUCAAGUCCAACAUUGGUCUGUUCUGGUAAGUUGGCACACUAGCUCUUGACAAUGACAUGCAAGACAUAUUGAAAAUGGCAUAGAGGACAUGGUGUGUACAUACAAGACAUAUUAAUGGCAUACAAGAGAUAGUGAUGACAUACAAGACAUAGUAAUGACAUACAAGAAAUAAUAUUGACAUACCAGACAUAGUAUUGACAUACAAGACAUAUUACUGACAGUGACAAACAACGCUUAGUUUUUAUCAUUGAUGAUGGAGAAAAUGAAAUGACAUUGUUAGCUUCUACUGUCAUCAAAUAUUUGAACUAUGUCAUUUAAUUUGAAUUAUAUCAUUUAAUUUGAACUAUGUCAUUUAACUUGAACUAUGUUGGUUAAGCACUAUAUGCAUAUAUCAACAUAGAUUCUAUAAAUUUCCACAUUCUGACACCAACCAUUCCUAUAUAAACAUAGAUUCUAUAUAUUCCCACAGCUGACACCAACCAUGCCUAUAUCAACAUAGAUUCUAUAUAUUCCCACAGCUGACACCAACCAUGCCUAUAUAAACAUAGAUUCUAUAUAUUUCCACAUUCUGACACCAACCAUGCCUAUAUCAACAUAGAUUCUAUAUAUUCCCACAGCUGACACCAACCAUUCCUAUAUCAACAUAGAUUCUAUAUAUUUCCACAUUCUGACACCAACCAUGCCUAUAUAAACAUAGAUUCUAUAUAUUCCCACAGCUGACACCAACCAUUCCUAUAUAAACAUAGAUUCUAUAUAUUCCCACAGCUGACACCAACCAGGCCUAUAUAAACAUAGAUUCUAUAUAUUUCCACAGUCUGACACCAACCAUUCCUAUAUAAACAUAGAUUCUAUAUAUUUCCACAGCUGACACCAACCAUGCCUAUACCACCAGAGUAACUGAGUUCCCCAUCCAAGACAAUGACGUCACCACCUGCUCCCCAUCUGUGGCCAACAUGACAUACA